AUGGAAGGGGAAGCUCUACCCCUCGCCCAGUAUCUUUUCAGGCGUCUGCGCCAAUUGGGCGUGGACUCCAUCUUUGGAGUACCCGGUGACUACAACUUGACACUUCUGGAUCAUGUUGUACCUUCGGGACUCAAAUGGGUGGGAAACUGCAACGAGUUGAAUGCGGGAUAUGCUGCAGAUGGGUACUCUCGGAUCAAAGCAAUUGGUGCGGUGGUGACCACCUUUGGCGUUGGUGAGCUAUCUGCCAUUAAUGCCAUUGCAGGAGCCUACGCAGAGAGAGCCCCGGUUGUGCAUAUUGUUGGGACACCCAUGCGCGCCUCGCAGGAGUCGCGCGCAUUGAUCCAUCACACCUUCAAUGACGGUGACUAUCAGCGAUUUGACGCCAUACAGGAACAUGUCACUGUAGCACAGGUCAACCUGAACGAUCAUCGUACGGCGCCUUCCGAGAUUGACCGGACCUUGCUACAAUGUUUGUUGCUCAGUCGACCUGUUCGUAUCGCUAUUCCUGUUGACAUGGUGCCGGUGCUUGUCCCUGUGGCGGGCUUGUCGUCGAAGAUCCAGAUUCCGCCCGCUGUGCGCCAGCCACAAGUGGAGGAAGCAGCUCUUAAUUCUGUCCUCAACAGAAUAUACAGCAGCAAGAAGCCGAUGAUUCUGGUUGAUGGAGAGACAAGAGCGUUCGGCAUGCUCCACGGAGUAGAUCACCUUGUGCGGACGAUAGGCUGGCCAACAUUCACAUCUGGCUUUGGCAAGGGUUUAAUUGAUGAAACGCUACCAAACGUCUACGGAGUAUGUACGCUACCUCAUAAAGCCUUUCUGGACUCUUGUGAUUUAGUUCUGGUUUUCGGGCCACACUUCAGCAACACCAACACCUACAAUUCUUUUUUAAAGCCAGCAGACGAUGCAGCUAUCCUGUUUAGUCCGAACUCGAUCCAGGUUAACAAAGAUGUCUUCCGCGAUCUCCCCGUCCGGUAUUUUAUUCAGCAGCUCAUACAGCGACUCGAUAUGUCCAAGUUACCGACGCAUAAGCAUAACCUUGUCCACCCAUCACUCAGGAUACUCUCCGAAGUGUCUCCUACCGACCUAGUCACACAGACAGGGGGUUUCUGGAAACGACUCUCCCCUUUUUUGCGUACUGGAGACAUUGUCCUUGGUGAAACUGGAACCCCGGGCUAUGGCGUUAAUGAGUUCAUACUACCCCCGCAUGCCCGUCUGUUCAAGCCGGCCACCUGGCUAUCUAUUGGGUACAUGCUUCCAGCCGCGCUAGGAGCAAGCCAUGCGCAGCGGGAUCUAGUCUCCUGCAGCGAGUACCACGGUCUAUCUAACCCCCGUACAAUCUUAUUUAUUGGCGAUGGCAGCUUCCAAAUGACAGUUCAAGAGCUCAGUACUAUCAUCCACCAAAGACUCAAUGUCAUUAUCUUCUUGAUCAAUAAUGACGGAUACACCAUCGAGCGGUGCAUUCAUGGCCGCAACCAGGCAUAUAACGAUGUCGCUCCAUGGCGAUAUCUCAAAGCACCAGAGCUUUUCGGCGCGGAUCAGGAGGGAGAGUAUAAGGCACUGACAUGGAAGGUCCGGACCUGGGCAGAUUUGGAUUCUGUGUUGAACGAUUCCCAGCUGGCCAACGGCAAGGGUUUGCGGAUGGUAGAAGUUUUCAUGAAUAAACUCGAUGCGCCGGAUGUACUGUUGGGCUUGUUUAAUCAGCAGAUCUUAAGGGAGAAUGUGCAGGGUAAGCUAUAGUCAUUUAAUGUCAACAUGAUAAUAGACAAACUAUUGCAUCUGUUUUUUGGGUUGGUCUUGUGACAUUUUGUCGGUGAUAGGGCAUU